AUGGACUCUUCCACUUCAACCACCAAGGAUACUUCCCCCCCCUCUGUUCCCACGACCACCGCAACAACUACCACAACAACUGCCACCCUCUCUACCGGCGAGACUUCGCUUGCAACCACCACCAACCCACCUACUGAACCGGCCCAAACCACGAGUCUAACAUCUACCAAGGACGCAGGACCCCCUACCUCUACCGAGCAGCAAGAUGCCACUAUCACCUCCUCGGAGCCGAAAACGUACACCAAGAUACCACCUCCACCUAGAGAGGGUACCUUCAAGACCGUCGAUGAUGUAGAAGCCCACCUCACCGCCCAUGCCCGUGCUAACCAAUACGAAAUCACGAAUCUAGACGUGCGGAAAAACCUAUUCUCGACUUGGAAAUGUGCUCUUGGACCGAAUCGCAAGCAGACCCGGGCUAAGAAAGCAGCUGAAGCACAGGGAAAAACGCUUGAUAUUCCCACAUGCCCAUUUGCGAUGACUGCGAAACGAGAUCCGGUUACCGAUACUUGGUACAUCAAGAUUGAGGAUAACAAACACAAUCAUGGGCCAAUACUCGACCUGAAGAUAGAUCAUGAUGCGCCCUUGGUGAAGCCUAAGAAACGGAAACGAGGAGAAAAUGAAUCGAAGGCCAAUUCAAAUUCAAUUCAUACCUUGAAUGACAUCAAGAUAGCUGCCUCAAAGACUGAUACAACCGUAUCAGCCCCAAAGGAACCGAAUGAAGCAUUAUCUCCACCUAAAACGCUCUCUGCAAUACCUCAGCAAUAUCAUGCCUUGAUCACGCAUUUGCAAGAACUUGACCAAGCUACCGAGCAACGUCUACUCGCGGUCUUUUCAUCAACAAACAAUCGACCACCACCACCGCUGGACGAUCCCAUUCUCGAUCAGUAG